AUGAUUGUGACAAACGUAACCACAGUGAGUGGCUUCCUCCUCCUGGGGUUCUCUGACAACCAGGACCUGCAAAUCCUACAUGCUUUGCUCUUCUUGCUAGUGUAUCUGUUGGGCUUGGUGGGUAAUUUCAUUAUAAUCACCAUCACAACGCUGGAUCCACAGCUCCAAUCUCCAAUGUAUUACUUCCUGAAGCACCUGUCCCUUCUCGACCUCUCCUCCCUGUCUGUCACUGUCCCCCAGUCUAUUCACAAUUCACUGACUGGAAGUGGAUAUAUUUCCUAUAUUCAGUGUGUACUGCAGGUUUUCUUCUUCACAUCCUUUGCCUGGGGUGAGGUGGGCAUUCUCACAGUGAUGUCCUAUGACCGCUAUGUGGCCAUCUGCCUCCCACUGCACUAUGAGGUCAUGAUGAGUCCCAGAAUGUGCAAGUGGGCUGUGUCAGCAGUGUGGAUAAGUGGAGCAAUCACAGGAACCUCAUACAUAGCAACCACAUUCUCUAUCAGAUUCUGCAGAACCAAAAUAAUCCACCAGUUCUUCUGUGAUAUCCCCCAGUUGCUCAAGCUCUCCUGCUCCAAUGAUUACCUUGAAGUAGUUGGAGUGAUUGUCUUCAUGGCUGUGGUAUCAACAGCCUGCUUCACUGCCAUUUGCCUCUCCUAUAUCCAGAUAUUCUCCACAGUCCUCAGGAUGCCCUCUGCAGAAGGUCGGUCUAAGUUCUUCUCCACCUGCCUGCCCCAUCUCUGUGUGGUCUCAUUUUUUCUGUUCACAGGUGCUAUUGCAUACCUAAAGCCAACUUCAGAUUCAAGAACAGCUCUAGACCUCAUGCUCUCUGUAUUUUACACAGUACUUCCCCCAACACUCAACCCUGUUAUUUACAGUCUAAGGAAUGAGGCCAUGAAAACAGCUAUAAGAAAGUUACUGUUUCCUGACAGUUUCCAUGGAGAUAAAUUAGUUUUGCCUUAUUGUUAA